AGUGUAGUUUUUGACGUCUCGAUGAGCGGUGGCGUCGGUUUGUUGAAAAAAAAACCGUUUUAAGCGUUUGUGAUAAUAGUAAUUGCUAUAAUUAACUGUUCUUUAUAUAUUAUAAAACAAUCCUAGCAGUUUACGUGUUUACAAGUGUCACUGUGCCGCUUGUGAAAACUUUAUAACAUUAUCCAUAUGAUGUCAAAAUGGUCAAGAUUAUCUCCGUUCUGCUCAUCAUCAGUUUUGCUGACGUGAGAGCUCAGCUCUUUGAUUUCCUAUCAGCGUUCCAACCUCAGACCUUACGGCCUAUCUUCGAACCAACAAAACCGACUAGGACCACGAGGUUCUUCGACACAAAUAGAACGCAGAACGCAAGUUGGAAAUUGGGUCAGAGUUCAGAACUCACAACCGCGAAAGCAAUACGUAAAACACCAAAAAGCAACCGACGAAGCCAAAAUAAGACCAAAAAAAUUAAAGAGAACUAUGGCCCGGACAAAAUAGCGUUCGACGAUGGUUACAACUCCAUCAUCAGUUACGACACGGUCAAACACACGACGGUUAACCCGUUCGCGCGCCCGGGAGUCAAACCCGCGGUAGUGAACGGUCCGCCUAUAACGAAUAGGCCUGUGACGAGGUCGUUUGCGCCUAGACCAAUAGCUGGGCUUCAGCCGCACGACGAUAACACAGUGACCCCCGAAUUAAUCGUGGGACCGGACGAAGAUUACAUGUCGACGGUGGAGAGGAGGCGUUUCAUGGAAGUUACGGAAAAAAAAUGUGAGCAGUACGUAUCUCUGGACACUGUUCGCGUUGAAGCCAUACCCCUCGUACCAUCACCACGUCCUGUUGUCGUCAACGUGUCGUCCUGUGCUCGCUCCGUGCCGCUCGUGGUGGGAGGGAGCGUAGUCACGAUACAGCAGUUCCCACACAUGGCGUUGUUGGGUUGGACCAGAAUGCGGUCUGGCGGUUACUUGUGGAAGUGCGGCGGUUCCCUGGUGAGCGAGAGGUACGUGCUCACAGCCGCUCACUGCGCCUACCAGGACAAAGACGACAGCGUUGUCAGCGGUCCUCCGCGAGCAGUCCAGCUCGGAUCCUCUCGCCGUGACGAUCCCGGGGCGAUAGUUCUCCGCGUGUCCUCAGUAACCAGACACCCCAAGUACCGGCCGCCGCAGUCUUACUACGACAUCGCCAUCGUCAAGAUGGUAAAAAAUGUCAAGUUCUCAGCCGUCAUUAAGCCGGCCUGUCUGGGAGUACCGCCAGCUCCUGGGAAACACAUCAUCGCUACAGGCUGGGGGAAGACGGAGUUUGGUGGAGAUGAGUCCGAACUGCUAAGAGGUGUUUCACUUCCGGUGUGGAGCCUGGAGGAGUGUGCGUCAGUAUUGGGGGAGUCCCGGAAACUGCCGCGCGGACCCGACCGCAGCCAGACCUGCGCCGGGGACAGGAGAGGAGGCAGGGACACCUGCCAGGGUGACUCGGGCGGACCAGCACAGCUCCGAGAGGGCUGCUCCUGGAGGGUCGUCGCUGUAACGUCGACAGGUAGAGCGUGUGGUGCAAUCGACACACCAGCUAUAUACGCCAACGUCCAAAUACCCUUCGUGGCCAAGGUCAUCUUCGGUGAUGAGAUCAGGAAUGGGGGGAAUUUAAAUAUGGAUAACCGAAAUCAAUGGGGCAGCGAACAUAGCAGUGAAAGUGGACAAAACAACCAAAAUAGACCAAAUGAUAGCGCUCAAAAUAACUAUAACAGACCGAGUGUUGACAGUGUACAAAAUAACUAUAACAGACCGAGUGUUGACAGUGUACAAAAUAACUAUAACAGACCGAGUGUUGACAGUGUACAAAAUAACUAUAACAGACCGAGUGUUGACAGUGUACAAAAUAACUAUAACAGACCGAGUGUUGACAGGGUACAAAAUAACUAUAACAGACCGAGUGUUGACAGUGUACAAAAUAACUAUAACAGACCAAGUGUGGACAGUGUACAAAAUAAUUACAACCGACAAAAUGGUGACAGUGUACAAAGUAGUUACAACCGACCGAGUGUUGACAGUGUACAAAAUAACUAUAACAGACAAAAUGGUGACAGUGUACAAAGUAGUUAUAACCGACCGAGUGUUGACAGUGUACAAAAUAACUACAACAGACAAAAUGGUGACAGUGUACAAAGUAGCUAUAACCGGCCUAAUAACCAAUGGUAUCAACAAACAACCAGCAACCCGCUAAAGAAUGAAAAUUACCGAAAUCCAGUAUACAGAGGGGACGAUACAGAAGAUUCGACUAUUGGCCCCCAUUAUUACUUCGAGGACAGCGUUCAUAGACCUUACAUAGGCAACAUCUGGCAGACUUGAUAUAAUCUGUAUUUGGUCGCCAUUGAAGUAUUUUUUGUAUGCCGCUUGGCUGAUACCGCAUUUAUAAUGCCAAUAUACAGAUACAUUAUGUAGGUAGGUGUGUUUGGACUUGUUUUAGUAACAACUAUGACAAUUGAUAUUUAUAUCUUGUACAUGUGUAUACAAAAUACUGAUAUGUGAUAGUUUUAAUGAAAAUUAAAUUUUUUACGAACAGCGACAUCUAGCGGACGGUAAUUAAACUGACAUUUAGUAAGAUUAGAGAUUUUAAAGAAGUGAAUCCGAUGUCCAAUUAGAAAAUAUAUAUAUAUAUUUUUUGAAUGAAUUGUUCUGUCUGUGUGUGUAUACAACUUAUUGUUAGUUUGUAUGUAAAUAUAAGCUAGAGAAAAAAAGAAGGGGUAGAAGUUGAUUUUUAGUGAACUAACAUUGUUUUAAUGCAAACUUUAACAUCAUUGACCUCCCCCCCCCACUGUCUGUCUCCUUCUAUCCCCCCUCCAGAACGUUGAACGUAAACACAACCUGGUUGGAGGUCGAGGACGUUUAACUUCAAUAAACAGCCAAUGUUUAAAUAUUUGUAUCUUAAAUGAGUUCACACAGAUAAUUAAUAUAUCAGUGAAGAUUAUUUAAGGUGAGUUAUGUGAUGUUUUAAUUUAAUCCUUUUGCUUUAUUCAAUAAGAUUUAAAAUCGCUCAAAAUAUAAAAAAUUAUUGCUCAAACUUUUGAUUCUCUCUCUAAGGUUAAGUUACCAUGCACUCCCUACUGACAGUUUCAUAGUCUGUCACUGGACGUACGAUAGUUUUCAAUUGAACCCGUACUAAAGACCAGUUUCCACUUCAAGACAUUAAAGAUUUAAUUGUGACAAAUGACUGUAUUCAACCGAUUUAUUUCUCAUAUUAACCGAAGUUCCGAUAUUACGAAAAAAAAUCUGUUUUAAAUACAAAAGAUGUUGAUAAAUUAAAUGAAAAGUUUACUCAAAGGACAAUUGACAAUUUAUAUGUUAUGAGAUCUGAGACUUUCGCGAGUUUUAUUCAUAUAAAUGAAUCUAAUAUAUUUCGGAAAAAUUCCCCGGAUUUUAUUAUUUUAAAACUACAUAAUCCCGACGUUUCGGUUACUUUCAGCAAUCUUGAUCACGGGCAGACGAGAUGUGAAUGUCUGACAUUGAAAUAAUAAAAUUCUCGUAGCAUAACCGAAUAAUAUUAGUUUCAUUUAUAUGUAUUAAAAAAGAUCUUUUACAUUAAAUCAAUUAUUAACAUCAGAACUUUUGCAGAAUGCAGAGUGUUGCCAAAUUAGGGUGUGAAAAAAUUUACAUUAACUAACGCUUUUUCUUAAUUAAAUUUAAUAUAGUUUUAGUUAACUCUUAGUUUAAUAGUUAACAGUUAAUUUUAUGUAAAUACUCGUAUAUUUUUAGUUUAGUCUUAAUAGAAUUUUUAUAAAUUUCAAACUACCCUCAUUUCCAGCUCUCUCAUAUAAGUGUCCUGUUUAGCGUAAUCGAUAUUCUGCUAUAUAUAUAAGAUUAUUUACUUAACUAUUUAAUGUCUUGCAUUGAAAUAAAUAAAUAAAUCAAUCUUUA